UUUGCUUAGCAAAAAUGUCUGCCUAAGGGAAACUCGCAAGUUACAUUCAGGGAAUAUUUUGCAAAAUAAUACGGCAAGUAUCGUGAUUCCGAACUCGACCGCGUGCGAAGAAGGAAAACAAGACUCCCUUUCUCACGCCAGAUCGCCCUAGUUGGAUUUUUAACGAGAAAAAGGCGUAGUUAAGGACCGCCAGGAUGAACCCUCAACAGCGGAUUGCCGCUAUUGGAACUGAUAAAGAAUUGAGUGAUCUGCUGGAUUUUAGUGCGAUGUUUUCUCCUCCGGUAAACAGUGGGAGAAACAGGCCAACCACCUUGGGAAGCAGCCAGUUCAAUGCAUCAGGAAUGGAUGAGAGGAGCAGCCAUUCUUCCUGGGGCACAGGUGGCCAGCCCAGUCCAUCCUACGAGUCCUCCAGGGGUUUUGCAGACAGCCCUCAUUAUGGUGAUCACUUGAGCGACAGUCGAUUAGUGUCCCACGAAGGCUUGUCCCCGACACCUUUCAUGAACUCCGGCAUGAUGGGUAAAACAGAGAGAAGUCCCUUUCCCACGUACGGCCGGGAGCCUGCCGUCUCCGGCUGCUCGUCGGGUCUUCGGAGCGACGUGGGGCUGGCGGGUCCCGCGUCCGUCGCCACACCCGGAAAGGCUGCCCCUCCCUUCUUCUUUUCCGGCACCAACCCAAGAAGAAGACCCCUUCAGGAUCCGGCCCCCAUGGAUCCCUUACAAACAAAGAAAAUACGGAAGGUCCCCCCAGGACUGCCGUCAUCCGUUUAUGCACCGUCCCCGAACUCGGACGACUUUAACAGAGACUCGCCCACCUUUCCGUCCCCAAAGCCUCCCAGCAGCAUGUUUGGAAGCACUUUUUUUGACGGGUCCCAUAAUUCCUCUGACCCCUGGAAUUCCACUAACGGGAUCAGCCAGCCCGGAUACGGCGGGAUGCUUGGAGGAUCGCAGUCAGGAAACUACGGCAACCUGCACUCGCACGAGCGCCUGAAUUACCCCCCCCACUCCAUGUCACCGACGGACAUCAGCUCCAGUCUUCCUCCCAUGUCCAGCUUCAACCGCAACAACGCCAGCGCUUCGCCCUACGUCACCGUGUCCCACGCAUCGCCCGCCGCCGCCACUGACACCGUCAUGGCGGGGAACCGUGGAAACACUGCAGGGGGGUCCCAGACCGGAGACGCACUGGGGAAGGCCCUGGCCUCUAUAUAUUCACCUGACCACACAAGCAGCAGCUUUCCUUCCAAUCCCUCCACACCUGUGGGCUCGCCAUCGCCCCUCGCUGGCACAGCCGGAACAGCAGGAUCCAGCCAGUGGCCCCGAGCUGCUGGCCAGACCCCCCCAUCCCCUGGCUACGAGAGCUCCCUGCACUCCCUGAAAAACCGAGUCCAUCAGCAGCUCCAUGAGCAUCUGCAGGAUGCCAUGUCUUUCUUAAAGGAUGUUUGCGAGUCGCGGAUGGAGGACCGCCUGGACCGGCUAGAUGACGCCAUCCACGUCCUGCAGAAGCACGCUGGCGCCUCCAGUGGCCUCCCCGGGGACAUACACGGGCUCCUGGGGCAGACGCACAACGGGCCCGUGGCGGCCAUGGCAGCGAACUACCCCGCAUCCGCGCUGGCCGCCGGCCGCACUGCCGCCAUGGGAGGGGCUCACCGUGACGAAGCCUCCAGUCUUAACAAUCACACCGGCCUGCCCAGCGCUGCCCCCGCUACCAGCACCGACGUCAACCAUCAGGCAGAUGGCUUCAGAGGUCUCGGGACAGCCCUGUCCACUCAAGGUGCUCUCAAGGUGGAGAAGCAAGACAAGGAAGAUAUGCAGGACCACUCGUCCGACGACCUCAAGUCCGACGACGAGAGCGAUAAGAGGGACGUGAAGACCCCCAGGGGAGGGACCCGAACCAGCAGUAUCAAUGAGGACGAGGACCUGAACCCCGAGCAGAAGGCGGAGCGUGAGCGGGAGCGCAGGAUGGCCAACAACGCGCGGGAGCGUCUGCGCGUGCGCGACAUCAACGAGGCCUUCAAGGAGCUGGGCCGCAUGUGCCAGCUGCACCUGAAGAGCGAGAAGCCGCAGACCAAGCUGCUGAUCCUGCACCAGGCCGUGGCCGUCAUCCUCAGCCUGGAGCAGCAGGUCCGAGAGAGGAAUCUAAACCCCAAAGCGGCCUGUCUUAAGAGGAGAGAAGAGGAAAAGGUGUCCGGCGUGUCUGCGGACCCCCAGCAGGCCCAUCCGGGGGUGCACCCCGGCCUGGCCGACACAGCCAACCCUAUGGGCCACCUUUGAGCAGCCUCUAGAUGAACUCAUCUAGAUCUGUAUGAUAAAGAAUGGCUGACCUUGCUUCCUGAGGACAGACAGGACUCACGAUCGUGACAAAAAUUUGAGAAGACAAACCACUUGAAGCAUAAAUCCAGCAAAAGCAAUCCUGAGAUUGAGUAAAACUGGCAGCGUCCCGCUCCCUCCCCCUGCGAAGAUUCCACCCCCCUCCCCCCCAAGUUGAUCAGCGAAUUUCUGCCCACGAGUAAAAACUUGAGCACAUAUCACUCUGUUUGCACGCGGCGUGUCGUAUCUGAACAAUCGGAGGCUGAGGAGAUCCUCCGUCCUCCAGGCGUGGAAGAAGUGGACUUGUGCCUAAACUGAAUUGACGAAUGCAUUGUAACCACAUUUGUUUGUUUUUGUUUUUUUAUUUAUUGUGUUACUGAGGUUUAAAAAAAAACAGUCUGUGUCUACAGGGAAAGUUAUGACGUCGCUUUUAGAGGCUAAUGAUGUUUCAGGCGAUUUCCUGUCGGCCAGGGUCCUGGUCCGUCUCACAGAGUACCAGAAAUCUGUCCUGUCCCAUCUGACUGGGCCUGACAGCCGGACGAGGAAGUUUGUACAUUUUAUUAUUUUUUAACCAGUUCAGGCUGAGAAAUUAAUUUCCCAUCUGAGAACGCAGACUAUUGUUUUAAAGAAAAAUGCAUAUUAAAUUCAUUCCACAGAUUUCAGCAAAUAGC